AUGUCUGCCAACGACAGGGGCUAUGAGUCUUUAUCCUCCAGAAUCUCUGGGAUCGAGGAUAUGUUUGAGAAGAUGGUGGGACAGGUGACUACAACGCUGCGGAAAGAGAUCCGAGCGCUUGAUGACCGUCUUACCCGGCGUGUGGACAGUGACCAGAAAGAAGAGGCGGCAAAUCUCUACAACAUGAAGCGCGAUCUCACGGUCCAGAUGAGUGGCGACAUUGCUGCUGCUGAGGAUCGGAUCACCAGGCGGCUGGACAACGAACGCCGCGAGCAGAAGGAAGCUAUUGCCGACCUUCGCCGUGAGUUGAGCACUCAACAAGCCGUGCAGGACACAGCCUCGUUUGCCACUCAACGUGUGGUUCCCAAAGAAAGCGAAGAUGUUGGCAAAGUGCGUGCAGCCGUAGAGGAGCUGCGUGCUGUGGCUGACAACGCCCAGAAGGACGUUGCUCGCCUUGCACAGGAUCUUUGCGAUCAGAAGAGUCUGUACGAAAGCAUGGAGAUGUCCAUCCGAAAAUCUGUGCCAAAAAAUGAGGAGAUGUCCGCUUUGCGACAAACUCUCGAUAAAACUCUCCAGGUGGCGGAUCAGACGCAAAAGGACUUCAAGCGGCUGGAAAAGGAUGUGGCUGACCAAAAGCUUCGUUCUGACAACAUGGAGACAUCUGUGCAGAGCAUGGCUGCGCCGACUCGAGGCUACUUUGGUCUUGACAAUCCGGAGCUGGCAAGCCUUUUGGUCACGAUCACUGCAGAGCCCGUGGCCGAAAUGCGGAGUUUGCUCGAGCAGCAAAUGAGCGACAUGGAGAGCGAGCUAGUCAAGCGCAUUGACGCCACCAAAGAGGAGCUCUCCGGCAAGAUCGUGACACUGGAGCUUGUUGACAGCCGCCUCAAGCGCAUGGAAGGCUCACGGCUGGAUUUUCGAUUGACAGCGCUGGAAUCUGCAGCCCAGCGUGCUGCCAACUUCAGCCAAACAGGCGAGAGUGCGCUGUUUCAGCCCUUUCGGCCUCCUGUCGCCAACGGUGCUGUUGGUGGGUGCCGUGAUUUGGAUGUCUCACAGAAUGUUGCACCAGCGGCAUCGAGGCCCCGAACUGACAUUAGCGACUUCGAGUCGCGCUGCGACUCCAUGUUUGCCAACGUAGGGGGCAACAUGUCAGCGGCACCAGCUACGCCUCAAGCGCAUCGUGCAAGCCUCGAGUUUGCAUUACGCGUUCCGCGCGAACAGAGAGUGACGAAGCCUGGUGACAGAUUCCUCGAAGGCACGGAGACCCUCAUACCCGACGAUUUAAAGAACAGGCUCGAAAACCUCGUGGAGCAGGUAAAAGAGACCCUGAACUCUAGCCAGCUUCCUCAAGCAAUUCCUGCAGAACCUGAUGAGUAUUUGCCAUCCGGACAGCCAAACGGCAUGGUUGAGAACUACAUGCCCUAUGAGACAGAUGAUUAUGCGACGCGUCCGGCAGCCAUUUGCAACGGAGGCUCAUACCAACCGGUGCCUGUUGCAUCCUUUCAGCACUUCCAGCAGCCCGUGUCAGACUCCGGCAUCUACCCGCAGUAUGCAGCUGCGAACACAGCGCCAUCCUAUCAGCAGCCGCUCGCUCGUUACUGCCACGGAAGUGUCGCUCUGCCCCUCAGUCGAGAAGCAGAUGUCUACAGUGACCACGGCCCUGCUUCUGAACUUGGUGUUCACCCAACAUCCUUUGGAUCAGUCCAAGCUCCUUUGGCUCCUCUGUCAGCUGAAAUCUUUGGCAGCUUGGACGGCGAUGGUGGCGCAUCAUAUGAUGGCGGCGGCGGCUAUGAAGCUGGGUACGAACAUUUUGCAGGCGGUGAGAUGUCUGCGCCACCAUUCACAGCCGUGAGCUAUGGCCCUCCUACUGUGGUUGGCUACGGGCCACCAGUGCUUCAUUCAGUUACAACCAGGAUGGGAAGACCAAUGUCUCCAGUUCGUGAAUCCUCGCCCAUACGAGGUGCUUCACCCGUCAGGGCUGCUUCGCCUGUCCGGGGCAUGUCGCCAGUCCGAUCUACAAUGCAGUAUCAUCCAAGGCACCGUGAGCUCUCACCACUGCGUGCUCGCAGCACAGGUGACCCGGCAGGAUACCAAUUCAACCCCGAAAGGCUGAUGUCCAGUGGUAGAAUGGUUACUAUGGCAACAACUCCAGUGCCAACGACUCCAAUGUCGAUCGCAGGUCUGCAUCGGCCCGUUUGA